UCUGCGCAAGCGCAACAAGGAAGGAAACACUUCGCCAAAAGGACCGUGGAAAGAGGCCUGCUGCGGACAUCGUGACAAUUUUAUAGCGACCCACCACUUAACUCUUCGGAACAUAUCAAGAACGUAGACACAGUACGGGUUUAGAUCAAGUGUUUGUUCUCACCAGCGAACAUGCCCAAGAAUAAAGGUAAGGGAGGUAAGAACCGUCGACGUGGUAAGAAUGAGAAUGAGUCUGAAAAGAGAGAGCUGGUGUUCAAGGAGGACGGCCAGGAGUACGCCCAGGUGAUCAAGAUGUUGGGCAAUGGACGGCUGGAGGCCAUGUGCUUUGACGGUGUUAAACGUCUCUGCCACAUCCGGGGGAAGCUGCGGAAAAAGGUUUGGAUAAACACGUCCGAUAUCAUAUUGGUGGGACUGAGAGAUUAUCAGGACAACAAAGCUGAUGUCAUUCUGAAGUAUAAUGCAGAUGAGGCCAGGAGCCUGAAAGCCUACGGAGAGCUUCCUGAGCACGCUAAAAUUAAUGAGACGGAUACCUUCGGACCUGGAGAUGAUGAUGAAAUUCAGUUUGAUGACAUUGGGGAUGACGAUGAGGACAUUGAUGAUAUUUAAGCUUGGCCCUGUUAUUUGCUAAGAGGAAGUUGGUGGGACUCCUUUAUCUCUGCAAGACAGGACUGCGGCCGGUUGACUCCCACGCAUGAGCUGGAGUCUUUGUUCUGUCCCCCAUACAAGAUGGCUCAAAAAUAAAUUCCUGUCACUGGUAACACAGAAUCAUUCUUUCAACAUUUUUGUUGUUUUAUUGUAUUUAUAUUUUAUUUCACUUCAUGUGAAAUUUAGUGUCAAAUGCAGACUACCUGAAUAAUAAAAAGUUAAAACAGUUUGUUUCAUCUGGUAAUUUGUUUUAUUUUUGUAUGUUCCCAGAUUAGCUUAGUUAUAAUAAAUUCCAUAAAAUAUUCAAAGGUGGCUGUCUGCUUGGGUUUUUUGGGUUCCCAUUUUCAUAAAUUGCUUAAUCACAUACAUGUAGUAUUACUACAGUGACUUAUAGUUAAGGUGGAUUAUGCAGAGGUCAAUUAAUUGAUCCAAGAUUUAUUAUAUUUGAUUAACAGUUGUUUUCUGUCAUAUGUAUAUUUUAAUUUGAGUAGCAAUGAAGAUCAACAUUUCAUUGUAAAAAAAAAAGAAACAACAAAAAAAAAACAAUAAGCAAGGGUUUUCUGAACCAGGACAGUUUUUUGAUAUGGUUAUAGUUAUUGUGUUGUACAGUAUUACUAUAAACAUAAGGGGUGUAGAAUGGAAGGUUCCUACACCAUCCUGUAAAUCAGUGGUCUCAAACUCGUUGCCAUGGAGGGCCGUGUGUAUGCAGGUUUUCAUUCCAACCAAUUAAUGCUGCCUUAAUUGAGUCCAAUUACUCAUUCAGCCAUAUGCAUUUAACUGCAUUGAAGAACUGAAUAUAAGCUUUUACUUAAUAAAACUUAAUAAAGUUUUUAUUUAGACAAUGCGGGUCACCAUAGACGUCGGGUCACCUUUAUGUUCAAACCUGCAUCCCUAAUCCAGCAAAUAAUUGAACUAAUUAUAUAAUCAAGAUCUGAGGCUGGAAUAAAAACCAGCAUACACACAGCCCUCCAUGGCACUGAAUUUGAGACUGCUGCUGUAAAUGAUCUUAUAUAAUUAAAAUAUUAUUUAUGUACGUAUUGAAGAAAACAAUCUGCAAUUACACUGAUGUCCACAUGAUGAUGCUGUUGUCACAAAAUUAUCAAAUACAUUUAAAAUAUACUAUAUACAGUGGUCAGAAAGCCCUUGUAACAACGCUGGAAAUAUUUUAUUGUAACAAACUAAAAUGUGUCUAUUUUUGUAACUUAUCACCCUGAUUUUACAAAUUAACUAAUCAAUUAUUUGGCCCAACUGAAAAAUGUUAAAGGAUUCUAAUUUGGGCAAAAUGAAUUUGUCCAACAACAUAUUGUGUGACCCACAAAUGCAUUGAUUGUGGUUUUGUGGUUUUCAUUCCCUGUAGAAAGCCAGUGUGACUGAUACACCUCUUUUUCUGUCAAUAUCACAGAUAAAACUUGUCUUUUCUCUUCUGAACUCUAGCCAUUUUCUUGUUUGGACCUCUCUCACUCGGUCUGUGUAAUGUAAGGAAUGCAGAUUGUUGAUGUCUGCCCUUCUUUAUGACAUCUCAAUCAAGUGGAACGUCUUCAUGCUAUGUUCAGUGCAUAAUUCUAAGGUCACUGGCUUGUUGAAAUUAGAAUUUGGUCUGCUUUAGAAGGAAUAUUGUGUGGCCUGGUAAAAUUAAUUAAAUGUUAUUUGCUCCUGUUCUGGACUUUUUGACCAUGUCUUUUCUUUUUUGUUGUUUUUUUUUUUUUUUGUUGGGUAAUGUGGGGUAAAAGAUGAUGACAAACUUACUCCUCAUAGCUUUGAGGAAUUAAGUCUUUCAUCGAUUACCACAAAGGCACUAAAAAUGUGACAUUACUAUUAAAAAUACAGUUUAAUUCUCCUGUGAAGCAAAGUUGUGUUGUAUAUUUCCCUGUCUUUAAUGCGCUGUUGCAUGACUGGCCGUUAUGGGAGAGUUCUAUGUAGGGAACGAGGCUGUGCUGUGUACCUCUUGUUGUUACUUCUCUAAAUUCAUACGUCCACUUUCACAUGUAGAACUCUUCUCUUCCAUGGAGCAGAUGAUAGCUUAACUAUAAUGAAAUCAGUGAUUGUAAUGAAGGAUGAAGGCCUUGAUUCAGUUUAACCACCGUUUUGUCCUCAGCUGUGUUGAUGUUAAACAUGUGUUACAUAGUCUGCUACACAAGAUGCAUUGCUGAUUCCAGUCACCAUCAAAUUCAGUGUAAAAUAUUCAACACUUAUUUUGUUAAUUAGAAAACAUAUUGUGAUUAGAUUGAGUCUUGGCAAACGGCUGAUUGAACUGAAUCUGUGGGGAAGGCGAGUGGUCUGGUGAGACCCAUCCAUUGUACAAAUUUUUAAGUCAGGACACUAAUUAUAAGGCAACUUUUAAAGUAAACUCAACCUUUGGAAGACAGAAGUUCAGCUAAUGCCCACUCUUAAGUAAAACUCUAAGUUAGGUCAACUUCUGUAUGCAACAGUUAAACUUACUGUACUUUAAAAAGAAACUGAAGUUGUUUUAUAAUUUCCUGAUUUAAAUUUUUUUUACAGUGUUGUUAAAAAAUGUUAUGUUUUAUCAUGACAGCAAUCCAGAAUGAUUUCCAUAAAUAAAAUAAAAUAUCUGCUUUU